GCAGCAUCCUCCUUACCAAGCUAUCAAACUGCCUAGAUGAAGGCAGUGGUGCUGCGCCGGGCGCCGAGCUACUCCAGUAAGAUGGACCCACUCUGCCGACUUGUAUGCCAGCGGUGCGAGUCCCUGGCAUCUCACCCGCGGGCCUCACCUUCAAGCUCACUUCUUCACGUUUGAUGCCCAGCCUCAGAUCCGUUCUCAUCGCGGCCAGGCAGAGAUGGAGGCUUUUGGUGGUUUAUAAGACACUUGUCACACUCGACCCGUAUUUCGUCCUCAAGAGGCUGCUCUUUCCCCACGCAGCGCCGCCGACGCCCCACCUCCAAGCACUGGCAGAUGACCAACGACACACUCACGACUCUCAACACCAACCUCACCCUCACCCUCGUCAUCUCGACUGCCACCAUCCCACCAUGCCUCCCGUGCCCCCACCCCCAGCCCUGCCCCGCAUCAUAACCUACUAUCAAACCCACCACACCCACGAUGGCAAGCCCAUCUCGGCCCUCCCCCUCCUGACCCAGCCGGGCAUCCGCCUGACCCACCUCAUCCUCGCCGCCAUCCACAUCAACGGCGACCCGCACGCCAUCACCCUGAACGACCACCCGCCCUCGCACCCGCGCUUCCACACGCUAUGGGCUGAGAUGCGCGUCCUCCAGGCCAGCGGCGUGCGCGUCCUCGGCAUGCUGGGCGGCGCCGCCAAGGGGACCUUUGCAGUCGACCGCCUCGGCAGCGACGACGACGCCGUCUUCGAGCGCUAUUAUGCUCCGCUGCGGGACCUCGUGCGCGCGCGGGCCCUCGAUGGGCUGGACCUGGACGUCGAGGAGGAGAUGGGCCUUGGCGCCGCGGUCAGGCUGGUCGAUCGGCUCAGGGCGGAUUUUGGGCCCGAUUUCAUCAUCACCUUCGCGCCUGUUGCGGCGGCCCUGUUGAACAGCAGGAACAACCUCAGUGGGUUUGACUACGAGGCCCUGGAGGUCAUGAGGGGCCGCGAGAUUGCCUGGUAUAAUUGCCAGUUUUACUGUGGGUGGGGCGACUGUUCCAAUCCCAUCAUGUACGAGAUGCUCCUCAUGAAAGGCUGGGCACCAGAAAAGGUCGUCGUGGGCCUGGUGACUAACCCCGAUAACGGCGGCGGUUUCAUCCCCUUUGACAUCCUCGCCUCCGUCAUCCCCCUCAUGGUCGGCCAGCACGCCCGCUUCGGCGGCGUCAUGGGCUGGGAGUACUUCAACAGCCUGCCUGGCGGCCGUGACAGGCCGUGGGAGUGGGCACAAUGGAUGACCCGCGUUCUGAGGGGCGACCGUGCCAUGGCCCCCGAGGUUGUCAUGCCCGUGGGCAAGAUCGACGCGCCACCACCCGUCGGAGAGGCACCUGGUGGCGGGGAUGAGGUCGCGGAUCCUGACGAUGGUAAAGGCAAGGAGGCACCGGUCCCUGCUGCGUUUGAGUAUUACUCGGACGGGGCGCUGGAUGAGUGAGAUGACGGAACAUCUGCGACAUGAGAUUGACGACAUGACGACCUGGCCUGUCACCGGCGGUGUCCUAGCAGCCCGGAUGCCUGGAGAAGUUUAAUGGAGAAUCCUGGGCCGGAAUCCCGAGCGACGCUGGAUAGCCCGUCUACGCGAGAACAACAUGAGAUUCAUCACAUAGGGCAUCCAGCGCGCUCACUCUGUUGCCACACGGAGUAGACGUACGAAGGACGAGGAGUGACGAGUCAGCACCUCAGAUGUGAGAUUUGGAGUUGCUCGCUUGAUUACCCGCGCGCUGAUGCUGUCAUCGUUGAUAUAGACGACUGGACACUGUGAAAGACAGUUGUAUCGGUCGAGUUCAACAGCGGACUCGAGGAGAUAGAUAUACAUGCAUGCAGUACAUAUAUAGAGAGAGACGACCCUCGCCGGAAUCCACGAAGCGAGAACCAUACCAAGAGCCACAUAUCCCAUGAUAAUCCAGACCUUCACGCGCAACAUCCAUCCCAUGGACUUCUCGAGGACGACAAGUCGUAAGAAUCCAGACCCACCGGGCAACCAUCUGAC